CUCCCGCUGCCAGUCAAAGUCGUCCAGCGCUACGUAGACCACCUCACGCAAUACAACUCGCACAACCACGUCAACGGCGCCAAGAGCGCGCUUUUCUUCUUGCACAAGGACGUCUGCGCGAUCUCGCCUGAGCUUGACGCGAUGAUGACGAAAUUUUUGCAUGGGUACAAGCCGGACGUUGCGACGUACUAG